AUGAGAAACUUGAGAGUACUUGCAUUAAGCAACAAUAGCCUCUCUGGUAUGAUCCCUCCUUCCAUUUAUAAUCUUUCUGCCUUGACAAUUCUCUCUUUGGCUUAUAAUCAACUUCAAGGUAAUAUUCAGCCAAGCAAAGGUAUGAUGCUUCCUCAUCUUCAACUACUGGAACUACAACACAGCUUGUUUACUGGACCACUCCCAUUCUCUGUGUCCAAUUUAACAGAGCUGGAAUCCCUUCAAGUGUAUGAGAAUAAUUUUACUGGAAAAAUAACAAUCAAUUUUGGAGGCCUAAAGAAGAUUUGGAGAGUAUUAUUGUUCUACAAUAAUUUCGGAAGUGGGGCACCUGAUGAAAUGAACUUCAUCAAUUCUAUGGUGAACUGCAGCAGUUUGCAACAAUUGGAGCUGGCAGUUAAAGGAGUUUUCACAAAUGUGAGUGCAAUAUCUAUUUUUGGGAAUAGUAGACUCUGUGGCGGAAUAUCCGAACUAGACCUGCCUAGGCGCACCGUAAAAAAGAUGAAGGAAAGGAAUAUGUCUCUUGCUCAUAUAUUGAUUACCUCGGUAGCUUCUACUCUUGUUGCAAUAACCAUAGUAUCAUCAUUCACCUUGUUUUGGUUAAAGAAGAAAAGAAAAUCUCCAUCAGUAGGAUUGCUGAUGGAGGAACCAUUCUUGAGAAUGCCUUACCAAAGGCUCCUGAAAGCAACCAAUGGGUUCUCUUCAGAAAAUUUAAUUGGAGAAGGUAGUUUUGGUUCUGUGUAUAAAGGAAUGCUUGAUGAGGAAGGAUUGAUGGUUGCUAUCAAAGUACUUAACCUCCAGCGUCAUGGAGCUUCCAAGAGUUUCAUGGCUGAGUGUGAAACCUUGAGAAAUAUUCGACAUAGAAAUCUUGUGAAGAUCAUAUCUUCUUGCUCAAGUAUUGAUUUUCAAGGUAAUGACUUUAAAGCCCUCAUUUAUGAGUUCAUGCCAAAUGGUAAUCUGGAAAAGUGGUUGCACUUGAGUAGAGAAAUGAAGGAUAGACAAGAUGAGCUUCCGAGCUUAAGUCUUCUUCAAAGAAUUAACAUUGCCAUUGAUGUGGCUUGUGCACUUAAUUAUCUCCAUAACCAUUGCCAAAAUCCAAUCAUCCAUUGUGACUUGAAGCCAAGCAAUAUUCUUCUUGAAAAUGAUAUGAUUGCUCGCAUUGGAGAUUUUGGGUUAGCAAGGUUUCAUCCAAGGCUAACAUGUAAUGUUCAUAGCAGUUCGAAUAUAAUAAGAGGAACUAUUGGAUACACAGCGCCAGAGCCUUGGACUCCUCUUCAGCUAAUGCAAUAUGUUACCAAUGCAAAGUAUGGCCUCGGUAGUGAGAUAUCAACCAACGGGGAUGUUUACAGUUAUGGCAUUUGCUUGUUGGAGAUGAUGACAGGAAAGAGACCAACUGAUCAAGUGUUUCACGAAGGUUGA